CUCGCAAUCAGACUGGGUGCGGUCAAAGUUGCAAUGCAGUCGGUUAAUGCAUAACCCCCAUUGAUGCUUUCCUGCUUGAAGAAGACGCGUGCACUUUCGCACAGGAGCGCCCCUUUAGGCUUCUGCUGAUUUCAGCCGUUUCCAGCCUCUAGCUUGGAGACUGGACGGAGAGAAUGCUCUGUAGGCUUAGCUCAAGUUGAGCUUCGUAGGUGUUUGCGCGCCCCUUUCAAAAGCAUGGGGUCCGCUGGAAGCAAGCGCGCAGACGGCACAGAAUGGGAGGACAACUACAAGGACGGCCCUCCGUGGGUCUUCAAAGGGAGGGCCCUGUACCAGCUCCAGUUAGUGAAGGCGUCUGAAGCGCGCAAGUUCAUUCCGCCAGAACUCAAGAUUGUAGAGGCGUUUGGGUACACCCUGGGAGGGCUGUACUUUGCCCAGUACGAUUCUAGUCCCGCAGGCCAGUUCGAUGAGUUGGUGGCCCUAGCUGGUAUUGUUUGGAACCCGCCCACCUCCUGCGCAUGGGCAGCGCGCGUUUUGGUGGACACGCCCGUAGCCGUCCGGCAUGGGCUGACGGAGGUCGGCCUCCCAAGCCGUCUCGCGCGCUUCCAAAAGCGCCGCUUGCCUCAGCAGAAGAGACGACAUCAACGGAGCUCGAAGUCUGACAACCUGGGGGAAACUUCACUGCCGGAAGGCGCGAAUGGGUUGACAGAAGUGUCUGCGGAAACGGAAGACGGGCCGCUCCAAGUUACUAUUGACGAAGUCGGGUGGCGAAAUGAGAACCGGCAUUUGGCGGCUAUCACGCUGCCCAGAGACCGGCGGAAAGGGGCCUGGGCGGGACCCCGAAUCAAGAUGUAUUUACCAAGUUUCAGUGGCAAGACGGAUCUGCAGCCGGACAUGCUCAAGUACUCGUGCGAGCUACGAUGCAACGUUCGUCCAGUUGCGGCCGCGAGAGUCGAAGCUCCAAAGGCGAGCGGGCGACCGGAGGCGGAUUCCGCUCUCCGGUCGGUCCUUCUUGGGCGGCCCGUCUUUUCACUCGUUUUCGACAAUAUGGAAAUGUCAGUCGAGGCGCCAAUUGUGGUAGCCAAUCACAUCGAAAAGCGGGAAUUAGAAGAGGGGCAGAAAAGCCGGAAGUGGGCGCCCGCAUUUGGUAAGCUACAAUGGGGGAGCACGUGAGGCAACGGCAACUUUUUGGCAUAAUUCAUCGAGGGGAGUAAGGCAGCGAGAAGGUUUUGUUUGCGCCGGGAUGGCCGAGUUUCCCCAAAUUGAGGCUGUAGGAAUUGCAAUGAGACGAUUCCCUCCGCAGUCAAUCAGUGCUUGAAUUGCUGGAUUAUGCGAGUCUCGACAAGCUUGUAGGAGCAGCCUGUUGAUACGAUGAUAAAGAAAGUAGCUCCGAGGAGCCAUUUAUGACAGGGUCGAGUGCAAAGAAGCCAAGGUAGGACUGGCUUCAAGUAGCAUCGAAGAGUAUUGACCGUUAAGGAGCCAAUCCUUUUUGGUCUGCACUACACCAAGUUGUCGGUAUAUCCACU